UCCGCGGGGUCGCCUUGAAACCGGCAUCUUCACAUGUUGAGUUGUGCACUGAGAGUUCUGAGCUGGAGAAGUCAAGACGGUCCAAACUUCCUCAGAAACCAGGACUUUCUUAAAGUUUCCUGACAGAAAGGAGCGCUGAUACCGGUCGGAUCGGGCGUGGGGAGGCUCGCCUGUGUCGCCGUGCCGUGUGUUUAUUUGUUCGCGGGGAGGAACGGCACAAGUUUGCCGGGCUGUUGUGUUGUGUUUGCACGGUUUAAACCGUCAUACUAGCCCAUUCUGUCCACACCUGGAUCGGACGAUUAUUUCCAGCCUCCGGACGUUUUUCAUCGCUGACUUUCCUCACAAAAAUACCGGAUUUUUAUAGCAGGUUAUAAAAAGUUCUGCCGACGCAGCAGUCUGACGUUGUUACGGCGUUUUCCCGGACUGCACAGGACCGGCUAUAGCGGGGUUCGCGACCCGGAUAGGACCCCGACCUUUUGUUGUGCUGCCGCCUCGGGAAUAAUUAUACUAAUUUCGGGCUGGUUCUGGAUUGCUUUGUUGGUUCUGGAUUGCCGUGGAGUUUGGAUGAGGACUUCGGGCGGUUCUGGAUGCCCCAGCAGGAGCGUGCACGGACUCUAGCGGGAGCCGGGAUGAGCGUUAGCGGCGGGGAGAGCGGGGCAGAGCCGGGGGCGGGCCACGGGAUCCGGCACCCCGUCAGGACAGACUCUUUCCUCGGCGUCUAUACGGUGGAAGAGGAACUAGGAAGGGGUAAGUUUGCUGUAGUGAAGAAAUGUCGGAGGAAGAGCUCGGGGCAGGAAUACGCUGCCAAGUUCAUCCGGAAGCGGAAGAAGGGGAAAGACUGUCGUGAGACGAUUCUGCACGAAAUACGGAUCCUGGAGAUGUCGGCGGAACACUGCCGACUGAUCGACCUGUUCGAGGUGUUCGAGACUCACAACGAGAUGAUCCUCGUGCUCGAGUAUGCUGCGGGCGGUGAGAUUUUUGACCACUGCGUUACGGAGGAAGACGACUGCUUUAAUGAGAAGGACGUGGUCCGACUGAUGCGGCAGAUACUGGAGGGAGUUUCCUACCUGCACGAGAGGAACAUCAUUCACCUGGAUCUCAAGCCGCAGAACAUCCUGCUGACCAAACCGGCGCCGGCGGGAGACAUCAAACUCGUGGACUUCGGCCUGGCGCGGAGAGUCAACGUGCACGAAGAGAUCCGGGAGAUCGUGGGAACGCCCGACUACGUGGCGCCCGAGGUGCUGAGCUUCGAACCCCUGUCCACUGCAACCGACAUGUGGAGUAUCGGAGUCCUAGCGUACGUGAUGUUGACCGGACACUCCCCGUUCCUCGGCGACAGCAAACAGGAGACGUUUCUGCACAUCUCGACUCUCGCCUACGACUUUCCCGAGGAGCUUUUCUUAGACGUCUCCGCCGACGCUCAAGACUUCAUCAAGAGUCUGCUCAUCAAGGAGCCAGAGGACCGAGCGACAGCCAAAGAGUGCCUGCUGCACCCGUGGCUCUGUGCUGCCUCCAAGUCACCGGCAAUCGACUUCUCCGUGGCCCCCGCUGAGCCCCAACCCUCUCAGUCCCGGGACAGCCUGCCCCACGACCCUUCUCAGCCCCAGGAUGCCCUGCGCUCCCCGUUCCUGGGGCAGCGGCGCCCCCUAGACUGCAACAAGGAGAACUGCAAGGACGACGCGGCCGUGCCAAAAAGGUUCAAGUUCGACGAUUCCUUCGUGUCCAUUCAGGAGAUCAAGAGAGAACUGGUGUACUAGCGCCCCUAUCGGUGCACUGGGGCACUGCAGGAACUGGUGUGUUAGCACCUCCUGUUGGUGCACUGUGGUACUGCAGGGGGAGAACUCGGUACUAGCGUCCCCUAUCUGUGCACUGGGGUACUGCAGGUGACUGGUGUGUUAGCACCUCCUAUCAGCACACUGUGGUACUGCAGGGAGCAUAUUGAGGCUUCUGUAAGAGUUCAGAGACAACUUCUCUUGUGAGGCGUUACAGACGAAUGUUGCUCCCAACUCGGAUCUGUCCUGGAGGAAAAAACUGCUGACUGUGGCCAAAUUUCUCACCGGGAAUUCUGGGAUUGAUACCCACAAUGCUCUGCAACACUCCAGGAUCAAUAAAUUGAAUCCAAAUGUCCUCAAUAACCUGUCAAUAAUCGAUAACGUGGAAACUGGACAAAAGAAGGAAAGAAGCAGGACCUGUGUACAAUUUACCUGUGUUAAAGACUGUAGGUUCGUUCUGGCUGGUAUGGGUGAAUGUGUACCCAGAAACCCCCAACACACCCUCCACAUGUGUGCCCAGAAACCCCCAUCACACCCUCCCUGUGUUCCUGUUGUGGAGAAGUUUUAUUUGUUGUAGAAAUGAGGGAAUGUGUCUGAUGUGUAAUAUUACUGUACAGGGGGAGUGGGGAGGGGGGCAUUCUCACGUAGUGGCAAUGCAGAUAGUGUACAGAAAAACCAUGUCACAAUAUGGCAAACUUGUACAUAGUGUAUUUUAUGUUUUACUCAAGGGCAUUACACAACUGCCUUAUAUGGGCAUGACAGCUGCCUUAUAUGGGCAUGACAGCUGCCUUAUAUGGAAACACAUGACAUCAGGACUGCUGCCUUAUAUGGGCAAAACAGCCUUAUAUAGAAACAUUAGAGCAGACAUGACAACAGGUCAGCUACCAUAUAUGCAAACAGGAACAGGUUAGCUGCCUUAUAUGGAAACAUAGAACAGACAUGACAAUGGGUCAGCUGCCAUAUAUGGAAACAUAGAACAGGCCAGCUGCCUUUUAUGGAAACAUAGAACAGGUCAGCUGCCUUAAAUGGAAACAUAGAACAGGUCAGCUGCCUUAUAUGGAAA